AUGACAGGUGUGAGCACAGAGCUGAGGACAGCAGACUCUCUGCUUGUGCUGCUGAGUUCUUCUCCAGAGUGUAACGGACAAGACACAGUGAAGCAGGCAGCAGGAGAGGACCGAGUGAGAGAGGGACACACUCACACACUCAUCUGCAACUUUACAGCAAGCAUCUCCUCAAACUAUUUCUUCUGGUACAGACAGAAAGAUCAUGAUUCUCCAAAGUACAUGCUCAAAUUGUUAAGAGGAGUUGGCAGUUUCCACUCCACAGAGUUUGAUGAAUCCAAGUUUGGUGCUGAGCUCGUGGGGAACUCUUUGUCUCUGAAGAUGGAGGCUGUGAAUGUGACUGACUCUGCUGUGUACUACUGUGCUCUGGAGCCCACACUGACAGGAAACACCAACACUCUGAACAAAAACCUCUGCAGCAAAGAAAACACAAUAGUGCAGUGUCUCCACUAG